AUAUAACCCUUAAAGUGCCCUUUUAAAAUAGAACAUGUGUUUUCGUGUUAUUCAAUUUUAAUGGAAAUGUGAUGUCUUUUUACAUAGGUGACGCGUGUCGUGUAUGGGCGUUGUGCGCAGUGGCGGCGCUGGCGGUGGCGCACGCGGCGGCGGCGCCCGCGCAGCUCUGCUCGAGCGCCGUCGAGGACGACCCCCGCGCCACGCGCUUCUGCCAGGCGCUCAACACCUUCCUCGAGCUGUAUGCAGAGGCGGCGGGCGAGCAGGUGCCGGAGUACCAAGCUCUGGUGCGCGACUACCCCCAGCUACUCGAUUCCGGUAUGAAGCGACAAGACGUGGUGCACUCGUUUCUGCGCUUCGGCCGCCGCCGCUGACGCCGCGGCCCCCGCGCGCCCCGCGCCUAAGACACCCGCCGACACGCUCCUUCGUCCAAAACAUUUAUAAAUAUUUAUACUAACUCUAUGUCUGGUAUCCGAAACUAGCGACCUCUCUCUCCAAUUUAAAUGUUAGCGCUGUGUUAUUAUAAGUAACGAUAUUGUUGUCAACAUUUUGUCGCACUUCGUUGUAGGUAAGAGUAAUUAUAAUUAUUAAUGAUGUUUUAAAUAAAUACAUAUUUAUGACAAGC